GAGAGAAAGAGAAAGAGAGAGGGGGUGGCUGGAGGAGAGAAUGGGAGGGUAAGCAGCUGCUACCCAGUCAAUUUUCAAACCAGUCGCUGCCUCUUGAUUAUACACACGUUUUGUGUCGCCUGGCGGAGCAUAUCAACCGGACAACAAAGGACACUCUGCCACCAUCCUAACUGCGACAAGCCCACUGAACUCCAGUGUUUUCUUUUCGCAUCUGCCUGGAAGUAGUGCAUCAGUUCAGACUGGAGGUCACAGUGACAGAAGCGUUGAUUGCUCGCGUUGACAGUACAGCCGUACUCGUCAGCUUAGGCAGCGAAAUGGAGAUGGAGCACUUCGACGAUCGGGACAAAGGUCAGAGGCACGGCCGGUCCAACGCUAAGAUGAACGGGGUGCCUAGCCCCACGCACAGCGCCCACUGCAGCCUGUACCGGACCAGGACCCUGAAGACUCUGAGUGCUGAGAAGAGGGCCAAGAAAGUUCGCUUCUACCGCAACGGGGACCGCUACUUCAACGGGAUCGUGUACGCCAUCUCCUCAGAUAGGUUCCGGACCUUUGACGCGCUGCUGGCCGACCUGACCCGCUCUUUGUCUGACAACGUCAACUUGCCCCAGGGGGUCCGGACAAUCUACACCCUGGAUGGCAAGAAGAUCGCUAGUAUUGAUCAGCUGGUAGAAGGUGAAAGCUACGUCUGCAGCUCCAUUGAGGCCUACAAAAAGCUGGAUUACACUAAAAACGUAAACCCCAACUGGUCAGUGAAUGUCAAGGCCUCGUCCUCUUCAUCACGUGGGCCUCCAUCCCUGAGCUGUGCCACAGCUUGUGCCUCAGACGGCCGCGAAGGGAAGGACUUCAUUCGUCCAAAGCUAGUAACGGUGGUUCGAAGUGGAGUUAAGCCUCGCAAAGCCGUGAGGAUCUUGCUGAAUAAGAAAACAGCCCACUCCUAUGAGCAGGUUCUAACCGAUAUCACAGAUGCCAUCAAGCUCGACUCUGGGGUGGUGAAGAAAAUCUACACGUUGGAGGGCAAACUGGUUGCAUGUCUGCAGGACUUCUUUGGUGAGGAGGAUAUUUUUGUGGCCUGUGGACCAGAGAAGUUCCGCUACCAUGACGACUUGAUGUUGGAUGAGAGUGGUAAGGGAAAAGAGUGCCGCAUGAUGAAGUCAGUGACCUAUGGCAAGAUGUCAGGCUCAGGCUCUGUCAAUCGAUGCUCUCCCAGGACUGUCAUCCAAUCACAUCGCAGCAAGUCCCCAGCUUCUGUGAACGGGACGCCGGCCAGUCAGCAGUCCACUCCUCAUUCGGGGAAAUCUCCCACCCCCUCCCCGACCAGCCCAGGCAGCCUCAGCCGACGCCAGGGGUCACUGGGUUCCUCCACCUCUGUGUCUUCCGCCCAGGUUUCCAGCCCAGCGGAAGACAGCAAUGACAUCAAUCCUGAAGCUGAGAUUCUCCAGGACGAAGUUCCUGCUGUGCCGUCCUACAUAUCGGACCGCUACAGGGUGGGCCGGAUGCUGGGUGACGGGAACUUUGCAGUUGUGCGCGAAUGCGUGGAGCUCUCUACAGGAAGGGAGUACGCUCUGAAGAUCAUCAACAAGGGCAAAUGCAGAGGCAAGGAACACAUGAUUCAGAAUGAGGUGGCCAUCCUCCGCAGGGUCAAGCACCCAAAUAUUGUUUUACUCAUUGAGGAAGUGGACACUUAUAAUGAGCUUUACCUGGUCAUGGAACUGGUCAAGGGGGGAGAUCUGUUCGACGCCAUCACCUCUGCCAACAGAUACACGGAGAGGGAUGCCAGUGGGAUGCUCUACAAUCUGGCCAACGCCAUCAAAUACCUCCACAGCCUCAACAUCGUGCACAGAGACAUCAAACCAGAAAACCUGCUGGUGUAUGAACACGCAGAUGGCAGCAAAAGUCUGAAACUGGGAGACUUUGGUUUGGCGACGGUGGUGGACGGACCCCUCUACACGGUCUGCGGGACGCCAACAUAUGUAGCACCUGAAAUUAUUGCAGAGACAGGGUACGGCCUUAAGGUGGACAUCUGGGCAGCUGGAGUCAUCACCUACAUCCUACUGUGUGGUUUCCCACCUUUUCGAGGGAGCAGUGAGGAUCAAGAAGCCCUUUUUGAUCAGAUACUGAUGGGGCAGCUUGAAUUUCCUCUUCCGUACUGGGACAACGUGUCAGAGACAGCGAAGGAUCUGAUCCGGUCCAUGCUGGAGGUGGAGGUGGACCAGAGAUACACUGCCCUGCAGGUGCUGGAGCAUCCUUGGGUUACUAAUGAGGGUCUGUGUGAAAACGAACACCAGCUGUCUGUAGCGGGAAAGAUAAAGAAGCACUUCAACACCGGGCUCAAGGUCAACGACACCAACGCGGGGGUGUCAGUCAUUUCUGCCACCCCUCUUGAUAAGGAGGGGCAGGUUCUCAGACGAGGACGCCACCCGAAUGUGAAGCCGUUGCCUUUGCAGAUGAUCCAGACUGUGAACGCAGAAAUGACAGCGAGGGCACUCCGGCCGGAGCCUCCCAGUUGCCUCCCCGGCUUGCCCGCAGACCCUCCCUGUCCGACCCCUGACUCUUGCUCCGACCCCUCCUCGGAUCCAAGCCCCCUGUCGGACUCAGAUGAUGUCUCCAUCAGCUCGGUCAGCACCGUCUGCUCCCCCAGCUCACCCUUCUAGCGAUUAGACGGAGGGGGAGGAGGAGGAGAAGCAAGGAGGAAAUCCUCGUCCAGCUCCUCCUGUAUAGAGGAGAAGGAAGAGGAGGAAAAGGAGGUGAUCCCCCCACACCUGACUGUGGGGUCAUUGCAGAUAACUGUGGAGAAAAGACAAUUAAGAGAGAAUUUUUAAAACCCCCUGAAUCCAUCUAUCCAAUUCAAGAGGAGAGAUUGAUGGAGGGGUGGAAGUGGAAAGAUGGACUUCCUUUUGUUUCUUUUGAACAUUUUCUCAUCUGAGCACAUGUCGAGCUCAAGGAGCAAGAAAGGGCGUGAAUUGUUUGCCUUUCGGUGAUGAUCCGGGCCAAACAUGGAAACUUCCUCACUUCUGGAACCGCUCAAUAUGGCAAUAUGAGAACACUGACCAAUGUUCAUGUUUUAUUGAACCUUAUUUAAUCGUGAUUUAUUUACUAAAUUUUUUUAUACGCAUUGCUCUUUUUCAUAGAGGAAAAAAAAAAAGUUGUUGUCCUAAAGAGCAUAGUGGAAUAAAAAUGAAGGAGACAUAUG